AUGCCCGACAUGGUCCCAUUCGACGGCGAGGCAGCCACCAUGGCCCUUGGAUUCCUGCACCGCGUGCCCUUUGCGCCAUCGUUGCACCACGCCCCCAAGCCCGAGGUGAUGGACCCCAUUCCGCCCAUUAACAAGCGUGGUGGCCGGACCGUCGGGCCAGAAGGUUGGCGGUCGGUGUACAGUGUGGUCGUGACGGAGGACAUGUGCAAUCCCCUCGGAAACCUCCACGGCGGCGCAGCGGCCACGCUCAUCGACACAGUUAGCAGCGCAUCGAGCGCGAUCCUGGCCACCGAGGGCUUUUGGGGCAUCCCCAUGCUCUCCGGCGUAUCUAUUGCCCUUGACGUGACGUACUACAAUGCGUGCCCUGUCGGGACCAAGGCUAAGCUCACCGUGACGAUCGAACACAUGGGAGGCUCGCUCGGCAACCUCCGCGCCGACCUCACAGACUGGGAGACGGGUAAGCGCUAUGCUUCGGGCACGCACGUCAAGACGUGGCGCGACCUCCGUUCCAAGUUGUAG